UUGCACAAGCCUUUCUCACAGGCCCCAGGCUGCUUGCCUGCCUGGCUGGUGCACAGCCUGCCUCACGCUGCCGGCCCUGCCUCCCCCAGGGCUGGCAUCCCGCUCCCUGCCCUGGGACCUGGCCUGUAUCCUCAUUGCAAAGGCUGAAGGGGCCGCCUCUGCUGGCCCUCCCAGUCCUGGCCACAGCUCCUUCCUCAUUCUCCACUGGUUCUAGCCCCAAACAAAACAGGUUGAGCUCUUUCCCUCCCUGUGUCAGUUGUCUCUGGCCUGUGGCUGUCUUCUGAAUACUGCAGUCAGCGCCUGUUGGGACAGGAGGAGGUCUGGACAGUGCUUCUGGCAUUUGGCCACGGGUAGCCCUGCCCAGGCAGGAGCACAAGUUUUGCACAGCAGACGCAAGGAUGAUGCCUCAGCUGCAGUUCCGAGAUGCUUCCUGGGGCAGGGACUCCGUGGUCCACACAGGCUAUGAGGUGCUGCUGCAGCGGCUGCUGGAUGGUGCAAAGAUGUGCAAGGAUGUGGAGGAGCUGCUGCGGCAGAGGGCCCAGGCAGAGGAGCGGUACGGAAAGGAGCUUGUACAGAUGGCACGGAAGGCAGGAAGGCAGACUGCGAUCAACACCUUACGGGCCUCCUUUGACUCCUUGAAGCAGCAUAUGGAGAACGUGGGCAGAGCACACCUCCAGCUGGCCCUGACCCUGCGAGAGGAGCUGCGGAGCCUGGAGCUGUUCCGAGAGCGGCAGAAGGAGCAGAGGCGCAAGUACGAGGCCAUCAUGGAGCGCAUCCAGAAGAACAAGCUGUCACUUGACAAGAAGGCUACAGAGUGUAAGAAAAGAUACGAGCAGAAGUGUCGGGACGCGGAUGACGCAGAACAGGCCUGCGAGCGCAUCAGUGCCAGUGGAAACAGUGCCAGCCAGAAACUAGUGGAGAAGAGCCAGAACAAGGCCAAGCAGUAUAAGGAUGCAGUCACUGAGGCAGAGAAGGUAUAUAAGCAGAGCAUCGAGCAGCUGGAGAAGGUUCAGGUGGAGUGGGAGCAGGAGGACCAGACCACCUGCAAGGCCUUCCAGCUGCAGGAGUUGGACCGGCUGAUCACCCUGCGCAAUGCCCUGUGGGUGCACUGCAACCAGCUCUCCAUGCAGUGCGUCAAGGAUGAUGAGCUCUAUGAGGAGAUACGGCUGGCACUGGAAGGCUGCAAUGUGGAUGCUGACCUCAACAGCUUCCUCCAGGCCAAGGGCACAGUCCCAGGGCCCUACCAGAAUGACUACGACCAGGAGGUCGCCCUGUCAGCUGGCAGCCCUGGCGUGCAACCGUCUUGCGGCAUGAUAAAGAGGUUCUCUGGCCUGCUGCACGGAAGUCCAAAGACCACACCCUUGAAAGCUCGUGCGGCCUCCACAGAGACCCUGACACCCACACCUGAACGAAAGGAGUGUGUCUACGCGGACAUCGCCAUCCCCGUACAGGAGGCACCCGCCCAGGACUGUACAGCCCGGGACUACCGGGUGCUGUAUGACUAUGCAGCGCAGAGUUCCGAGGAGCUGGACAUCUCUGUGGGGGACAUCCUGACAGUCAUCCUGGAGGGGGAGGAUGGCUGGUGGACAGUUGAACACAACGGACAGUGUGGCUUUGUCCCUGGGUCCUACCUGGAGAAGCUCUGAUCGACCCAUUCUGGCUGUGGCCAGGAUGAUGCUGGCUGCUCUCCAGGGGUUGGCUCCUGGGAAUAAAGGUGUUCUUAUCCUCCUCA